UCUAUUUAAGCCUAAAUUGAUGGUCUCUAGUUUGCAUGUUAAUUCAAGUUCAGCAGUUUCUAAAUCUUUGAAAUUUGUGUAUAUCCACCUGCCUGCUCAAGGUGCCUUUUCCCCUUCCACCUAAAGAACAGGUACCUUAUGAAUAAUGCUGUGCAUGCCCCAAUACACUUACUGGGAUCGUGUCAGGAAUGCUGUUGAGCUGGUCAUGUCAAUGUGGGUAGAGUCUUAAUCGCUUUCAUUGCCCCUCUGAAAAGACAACUUCCCCGCUCAUCUUUUGCCAAGGCAUAAAAUUAUGCCACUUGUCACACAGGUUCUUUGUGGUUGGUUUUGGCAAGCGUAUUUGCUCCCAAUCUAUGAUAACCAGAAACUUCUAUGCUUAAACUCUGUAUCGUUUUCUUUUUAUUUUAACAUCAUCUUAAUAAAAUUCUUAAAACUGGUCAUGUCAAGAUGAGGGUAUAAGCACUAGUUCAGGUAAUGUAGUGGAAUACCAAAUAUGCUGGUCUGGCAAACGUUAAAUAUAUAUAAAAAUACCUAGUCAAAAUAUUAAUGCCAGGCAAAUAAAAUGUGAUCUUAUUUAUCUUUGUCUUACGAGUUUCCGCAGAUGGACCAAAAGCUCUCUCAGCUGGUCGAGGACCUCACAACCUCAGGAGAGCCUCAACUGAAUCCAGAGAAAAUGAAAGAGUUAAAGAAAAUCUGCAAGUCUUCAGAUGAACAUAUUAGUCAUGCGUAUCAUCUACUGAUGACACAGCUGAAUCAAGAACAUGCAGAGAUACGCUUCUCAGCUUUUCAAAUUGUGGAUGAGCUCUUCACCCGGUCACAUCAGUUUAGGACGUUAAUUAUUUCAAAUUUUCAAGAAUUCUUGGAGCUCACAAUUGAAACAGACCAUGAGCAGCCUCUUCCCGCACCAAAAGAAGUAGCACAAAAACUGAAAAAAACAGCCAUUAAAUCUGUACAAGCUUGGCAUGAAAAAUAUGGAGAAGCUUACAAGAAACUUUCCCUAGGAUACCAUUUCUUAAAACAGAACAAGAAGGUGGAUUUUCAAGACGUAAAUGUCAGAACUCUGGCUGAAAGGAGAAGGGAGGAGGAGAAGCAGAAACGAUUAGAUAACAUUUACAAAGAGAAAGCAAAAAGAGCUGAAAAAGAAAUGGAAGAAAUGUCCCAGGAAAUCCAAGACACACUGACAGAGAUGGAGAAUUGUUUCCGGCUUUUGAUGCCAGAUCCAUUUGACUUCACUGUGAAUGAUGCAGAGUUAGACCCUGUCACGGAGAGGACUGCUAAUGAGGACAAACCUACUUCCUCCUUAUCCAUGCAGAUAGCAGAUCGCCAGCCAUCUUUGCUUGGACACAUGGAUGAUGAACAGCCUUGUUGCAGCAAGGACCUUCCUUCUGUUUCCCCAUGUCUAAUAGUUGGUAGAAACAGGGACCUGAACGAAGAGUUGGGGCUGCCUGAGCAAAAGGAAAUAGACAGAGGGGAACGUUCAGAAGCUGAAAUAAUUGCUUCUGCUGCCACCGAUUAUGAUGACUAUGAAACCUUUGUUAGGAACCAUGGGCUUGGUUCUCAUAAAUACACUCUCAACCUUGAAAUCUCCACAGAUGUGAAGGUGCGUGAGAAUGAAGACAAUACUGCCAUAAUAAACAAUAUCAUAGAUGCGCACAAACUCAUCAGAAAUAAAUUCUUGCCAUCUGUGCAGUCUUGGAUUCAGUUGUUCACCAGAGCAGGAAUAAAUGAUGAUUGUCUAAGAUGUGUCAUUGAUUUUAAGAAUAAAUUAGAGACUGCUAUGGAGAAACAUAAGGAAAUGAACAUUGACUAUAAAGAGAGGAAAAGAAAAGUGAUGAAAGUCUCCGACAAUGAAGAUGAUGAAGAUGAAUUUGUGGAGGUCCCUGAGAAGGAAGGUUAUGAGCCCCACAUUCCAGACCACCUGCGUAAGGAAUAUGGGUUGGAGCCCCAAUCAUCUCCGAAAGCAUUAGCAAAAGGAAUGGUCGUGAGGCCAGCUUUGCUGAGCUCCCAGUCAGAAAGGAAUGAAGAGGAACUUGAUCCAACCUGUGCCGCUGCAACGUUGAAGCUUAUCCGAGAUAAGCUACCUAAGUUACCAUCCCUAAACACCAGUGCGUCUGCAAAUCCCGAGCCAGCAGCUUCAGGAGAGCUUGACAGUGAGACAGGAAAACUAGAAGAAGAAAGAGCUAAAGCUCCUAUAAUACCCUUUGGAUUAGAUCUUUACUACUGGGGACAGGACCAGCCAACUGCUGGCAAAAUUCUCAAAUUUUCUUCUCAACAUCGAUUUUGGGCACCCAAUGAAAUGGAGGAAGAGGUGGAAAACAAAGAAGUAGCCGAAAUGUUGAAAAGUAGAUGCAUAACUUUUUCUGGCAAGUUUGAACCGGUGAAACAUAGAUGUCGAGCUCCGAUGCCUGACGGGAGACUAUGUGAAAGACAGGAUAGGGUUAAGUGCCCUUUCCAUGGGAAGAUAAUCCCUCGGGAUGAAUCUGGGAAUCCUGUUAAUCCAGAGGACAAAAUGAGAGAAGAAAAGAAGAGGUUUGAGAAGCAGGCAGAACAGCCAGAGUGGCAAGACCCAGAAUUCAUGAGAGAGGUUGAAGCAGCUACUGGAGUAGAUCUUGGAUCCUCUAGAUACAGUGGGAAAGGAAAAGGAGGGAAGAACAAAGGGAAGAAGAGGAAAUAUCCAAAUCUGACAGACUUGAAACAGGAGGCUAAUACGUCUCGUUCACGGCUGGAGAAGAAAGUCUUCAAUAAAGGGGCCAUGAAACGGGUGGUGAAAGCAAUGAAUCGAAUGGACCAGAAGAAGCAUGAGAAGUUUGCAAACCAGUUUAACUAUGCAUUGAAUUAAGUUGCAAGAAAACAGAGGACCAAAGAGGAGAAUUAACAAGACUGCAGCUGUACAAAACAUUUCUCAUACACCUUUAUAUUCAAACUAAAAUAUUGUGUUCUACAUUUUUACUGGGGUUAUUUUUUAAUUAGUGUCAACUUCUGGUAACUUAUUAAUAUUUGAUAAUGAACAUGAAUUUUAGCAAAGAUGUGUCUGUACAUAAUUGAAUGCAUUUAACAAUUUGAUAACUACUUGGAAUUUACAUUAAAUGGAACAAGCUUUAUGGCUUGUACUUAUUCUAAUUAAAAUG